AUUUUACGUACCGUUUCUCCGCCGCUGGUUCCUUCCGUACUCCAACUGCGUGGACCGGCGCCGCUCGCACACUUUGCUCCGCCAAGUCUCUGCCUGCUCGGGUCUUCCGCUACGUAAAUCGCGUACGCCCAGACCACCCACCUGUGGCAACGCUACAACUACCGUCCCCUCCUCGCAGCCACCGAGGCCUCGGAGCCUGCCGCCGCCGCGGGGGGAAGGGCGCCAGGUUCGUCCCGCAUCCCGCGAGGCACCAGCCGCUUCCCUCUCCUUCUCCAGCACACGCUACCCGCCGGCCCGGGCCGAGGGAGAGGCGGUGCUGCCACCUCGCGUGGAGCCGAGCGCGAGUGGGGCCGGGGGCCAUUGUGUGCAGCCGGUGAGUGGUACAGGAUAGGUAAAAAGAAGAUGUCGGGUCGCCGUGUCGCUGCAGCAUGUGAUAGACGUCAGCUGCCACGGGGCAUGGGUAGCAUGGCAUCCCCCCUCCUUGACCCGCGCCCACUUCGACUGCCGUUUCUUGAGGCUGACAGUCGCCUCCAAUCGAUCUGCGGGCGCUCGAUGCAGCAGCCUUCGCGGAGGAGCAUUCUUCGGUCCCGGCCGCCGCCGCCGCCUCCUCCCUUGCCGCCGCCGCCCAUCGAUGCGCUCAGGGCUCCGGUCGCCAUCUUAGGGGGAGAGCGAGGGAGGCAGAAGGAAGGGUCGGCCCCUCCAAGGCAUUCCUUGCUCACAAUGUAUAGAACAAAAGUCAGUUUGAAAGACCGUCAGCAACUUUAUAAACUGAUAAUUAGUCAGCUGCUAUAUGAUGGAUACAUAAAUAUUGCCAAUGGCUUGAUAAAUGAGAUAAAACCACAAUCAGUCUGUGCACCAUCUGAACAACUACUGCACCUAAUUAAGUUAGGAAUGGAGAAUGAUGACAGUGCUGUUCAGUAUGCAAUUGGACGGUCAGACACAGUAGCUCCAGGCACAGGAAUUGACUUGGAAUUUGAUGCAGAUGUACAGACCAUGUCUCCCGAGGCUUCUGAAUACGAGACUUGUUAUGUCACGUCUCACAAAGGGCCAUGUCGUGUAGCUACAUAUAGCAGAGAUGGACAGUUAAUAGCUACAGGAUCUGCUGAUGCCUCAAUAAAAAUUCUUGAUACAGAGAGAAUGUUGGCCAAAAGUGCUAUGCCUAUUGAGGUCAUGAUGAAUGAGACAGCACAGCAAAACAUGGAAAAUCAUCCUGUUAUUCGAACUCUGUAUGAUCAUGUGGAUGAAGUUACGUGCUUAGCUUUUCAUCCAACAGAACAGAUCCUAGCAUCUGGUUCAAGGGACUACACACUUAAAUUAUUUGAUUAUUCAAAACCUUCUGCCAAAAGAGCCUUCAAGUAUAUACAGGAGGCAGAGAUGUUGCGUUCAAUUUCUUUUCAUCCUUCUGGAGAUUUCAUACUUGUUGGUACCCAGCACCCUACUUUACGACUGUAUGAUAUCAAUACCUUCCAGUGUUUUGUGUCUUGCAAUCCUCAAGAUCAGCACACUGAUGCCAUAUGUUCAGUAAAUUACAACACAAGUGCAAACAUGUAUGUGACAGGAAGUAAGGAUGGAUGCAUCAAACUGUGGGAUGGUGUUUCAAAUCGCUGCAUCACGACUUUUGAGAAGGCACAUGAUGGAGCUGAAGUCUGUUCUGCUAUUUUUUCCAAAAACUCAAAGUAUAUCUUGUCAAGUGGAAAAGACUCUGUAGCUAAACUAUGGGAGAUAUCCACUGGUCGAACACUGGUCAAAUAUACAGGAGCUGGUUUGAGUGGACGACAAGUACACAGGACACAAGCUGUCUUCAACCACACAGAAGAUUAUGUGCUGCUUCCAGAUGAAAGGACCAUAAGUCUCUGCUGCUGGGACUCAAGAACUGCUGAAAGGAGAAAUCUUCUUUCUCUGGGGCACAACAGCAUUGUGCGUUGCAUUGUCCAUUCUCCUACCAAUCCUGGUUUCAUGACCUGCAGCGAUGACUACAGGGCUAGAUUCUGGUACAGAAGGUCGACAACAGACUAAGGACUUCUUUAUAAAACAGCGAUGCUCCAGAUUGAUUCUGUCUUUGUGAAUUGAUUGUACUGCCGACAGAUGCCUACAAGAAAGCUGUGCUGUGUCUGGUCUUUCAUUCUGUCAAGUGUGGCAGAAACAAUAUCAAAAGACUUAAGUUUUGCCCCAUGCUAAUUUUUUUUAUUGGUGUGUGUGGCAUCAAUUUUUGUCAGUCAUCUCCAAUUGUACUCAAGGAGUGGAGAGGGGAAGGAGGGGGGCAAAGAAUAAAAUGAUCCUUGCAGAAAGGAUUAAACUUGUUUUCCUGUAUGUCUAAAUCCCAUAAAACAAUAAUGUGACUGUAUCUUGCUCAAACUGGGCAGUGUGAGCCAGUUUUGCUCUGCAUUGUAUCUGUGCAAUCCCACUGAAGUCUGUUUAAAGAAUGGAUUACACAAGUAACAGCAGAACUUGGCAAAUACUUUAAUGAAGCCUUAAGCUGCCUUCAGUUCUGAUCACUCUUUGUAAAGCUGUUUUGUAUUUUUUGUCUGAGGGGGGGUUUGGUGUAUUUUUUUUCUUUUCAAUUAUUUUUCAAGUGUCCCUUCAGUUCUGAGCCAGUUUUGUGCCAUAAGAACUUGAAACAGGAUGUUAAAACUAUUUAGAUGAAUUCCAGAAAUGGUGUUCUAGUUCUGGUAUUAAAGCUCAGACUUGAAAUCGGGUCUUGUUUUGAAUUUAUUUUGACAAGUGGGAUCUCAAAAUGAAUUCACGGUAUUUCCAAGAAAUAUCCAUAUUGCAAAUGUAAAAUGUGCUGUGGCAUGUGAAAAUGAGAACAAUUUUGCCAUCGCGACCUUUAAUAUCCAAGAAGCUGUUGUGCAUAUUAAUUUUUGUAUGUGUACCCCAGAAAUCUCAUUUUGCUUCAUUUUAUCGAGUAGUUUUCAUUGUUACACAGCACUUGAAUUACAUUUUUUCUCCAUUAUUCAGAAACCCAGACUCAAUGUUUCUUCUCCUUGUUAUCACUGUAAUCGAGGUUUCCCAAACCUCAUCCCAUUCAGCAGGAGUUCAGAUUGUUAAGGAACCGUGCUUAAACCUUCUGUCAGUUUGAAAAUUCACUACCUAUUUUACAGAGUUGCCUGUGCAAAGCUUUAAAUGUAUCAAUUGAGGCAGCUUUGCACAGUGCUCUUGGGCUUCAUUUUUGGGAGGUUUCCUCUAGUCAAAAGCUCAGCACUUGCCUUCAUGAGGAUUUUUAAAUGUAAGAUUACUCUUACUGCUGGAUUAACUCCCCCUUCCCACCGAUGCCCAUCAGGGGCUGAUGAGGAUAUAGGUUUUGUCUGUAUUUAAAUAAAAAUUACCUUUUAAAAAGUUACUUAACAUAUGAAGGAAUUGUAUUAGUUUUCUAUAUAAUGAACAAGAAAAUUAGUAGUGGAAAGCUGUGUUUCUGGGGACAUGUUGAAACUCGAUGAGUUCAUUGUGUUACAUCUGAAUCAGACUCAACUGUACAUUUGCAGUGUAUGGGAUUGUUUUUUAAAAGAGAAUGUCAUUUUUUCUCUUAAAAGCUGCUGCUCUGGAAACUUUCCUUCGGCUCAGCAAUGCUAUCAUGAGGUAGCAGUUCUGGUGGCUCUUUUCAUGGAGAAAUAAGGAGAGUGCCUUUGUGCUCCCUCAGUGGCAGCCACUCUCCUCUUGCAGCCUGCCUGCUAAGCUGAUAGCACUGGUAGUGUUGAGGGGAGUGCUGCAUUUGUGUCAGUUCCAUUAAAGAGGCCCUAAGUAACA